CACGAGCCAAGUUGUCAGUUUUUUUGAGAUGACGCCACCAGCACAAGGAGCACCGGCACCGACCGGACCGCAAGACUCUGAAAAGCUCCGAUGGUUCGAAUGGAACAAGGACGGCAGCCAAGAAGAUCCCACUGCCUGGACACUCAGAGCAGAAGAAGUCACCAGAGCAGAAAAGGUAAACCACAUUAAUAAGUAGGUGGUAAACUACAUCAAUAUAUAAAUUUAGAUUGCUUAUCUACUAUUGUAUACCUAAUAUGAGAGCCACCAACUUUUGUUGAGCUCAUCCUGAAUUGGACGAUAUCGACUGCAACCGGCCCAUUUUUUUCAGGUGAACCGGCACAAGGCAUUGGCGGUCGCGAAGUCGUACUUCGAGGCGGUUAAGGCAAGAGACGCUGCUCAGACGGAAGUGAACGCCCCCGGGACCGACGCAGCUGCGAAAGCCAAGGCAGAGAAAAAGCUCGUAGCCGCUAAAAUGACGGUGGAGCGCUCCUUAGCCAAGGCUAAGCAAGCGGUGUCUGUUGCGGAGCGGAUCUAUAAGCAGGACAUCAAGGAACUCGAGGACAAAGCGCGCACAGCUGGGGCCCAAGGAUUGAGCCAGGAGCAAACCGCACGUCUCGCCCAAAUGAAAGCAUUUCGCACCAAUUUCUGGGACCGGGAGACAAACAGCGAACUUCACAGUCUGAAGACCCAGGUAGAAGCUGCAGCACGAGCAACGCCUCAGCAGCCGCAACUCUGA